AUGCUAUCGAAUCGCAUAUCUCUAGCCAGCUCAGCGGUGCUCUUGCUCGCAGCGCUUCCUUUGGUGGCCGCCCAUGGAGACGAGGAUGUGCAUCGCGAAAUGACUAUGGAUAUGGGGAGUGCAUACAUUAACAUGACAAGCACGUCGGUAGCAGCAACAACGCCGGAUGUUCCGCACAACUACUUCCGGUAUCUGGGGUUCGCAGGCUGGAUGUACGCGCACAUCGUGCUAAUGACAAUCGCAUGGGCAGUAGUCCUUCCAGUCGCCGUUGUGUUCAGUGUAGCUCGAUCACGAUUCACGACCCCGGCGCAAUUCGCAUUCUUGGCUGUCAACAGACUCGGUCUAUUCACCAGCAUCAUCUACAAUGCAAAAACACCGGACUUCUACCCAGGUAAUGCACAUCAUAAGAUGGGAUGGGCCGUAUCUUGGAUUGCCACCGUAUGGUUCCUCACGACGUUCUUGAACCUGUACAUGGCGCGGUACAAGAAGACUAAGGAGAGACAUGCUAUGACGGCUGAUAACAUUGCGCAAUACGAUCGCCUUCAAGACCAGGACCAGAGAUGGUCGCGAGACUCAGGCCAUGAUUCAGCGACGCUCUGCUCUGGGUCCCGCUCGCCCAGCUCAGACUCGGUGCCUUUGCACAAGUUCGAGAUACCAGAAGAGGGCGACGAUCAAGAUGUCGGAUUUGAAGAGCGAGGAUUUAUCCAAACCACUUCGGUCGAUCGCUUCUUCUCGCGCAAGAUGCCUCGCAUUUCUUCUGGCCGAGCACUCACAGCCUUCAAAGUUGUGUUCACAUUGAUCGAACGUUGCAUGCCAGUCCUUGGUUUUGUGAGCCUAGUAAGCGGCGGCGUAGUAUAUGGCGGUCUCUACCGCGAACGUCUCAUCUUUUCUGGAAUGGCACACGCCGUCAAGGGCGGCAUAUUCUUGUGGUACGGUAUCUUGACUCUUGGAAGAUGGAUGGGUGCGUUCUCAGAUUACGGUUGGGCGUGGAACGUCAAGCCUCGAUACCCCCUGGUCUCUCGCUUCGCAGCCAGGCUUCCUUCGGCCGAGUUUGUCGAAAGUUUUGUCAUCUUCUUGUACGGCGCUAGCAAUGUCUUCCUCGAACAUCUCAACGCUUGGGGCAAGGCAUGGAGUGCUCAAGAUCUUGAGCACGUCAGCAUAACCAUCAUAUUCUUUGGUGGUGGUCUGAUGGGCAUGCUUGUCGAAAGCAAUACAGUGAAGAAGUUGUUCAACACCUCUGUUUCGAGCUGGCAGGAGGAAGCCACGCUGUUCGGUGAUCUUGUCGAGAAGCAACGCGAAGAGUGGGAAGUGCCAAAAACAUACAGGACCAGCCUCAAUCCCAUGCCAGGAUUGGUAAUCAUGCUUCUUGGCCUCUCCAUGUCCAGCCAUCACCAACACAGCAUGGUGUCGACGAUGAUGCACCAGCAAUGGGGCACUCUGUUCAUGGGGUUUGCGAUGGCUAGAGCAGCAACCUACGUUCUGCUUUUCCUAGCACCACCAAAGUCUUUCUUCCCAUCUCGACCACCUACCGAGCUAGUGGCCAGUUUUUGCCUGAUUAGUGGCGGUAUGAUCUUUAUGGGCAGUUCUACCGACGCUGUGAGCACGAUCGAGACCAAUGGUCUAGAUGCCAUGUUCAUAUUCACCAUCGCCAUGGGUCUGACGGCUCUGAUCAUGUCUUGGGCAAGCAUUUGCUUCGCGCUCAAGGGCUGGGCAGUGAGAAAAGAGAAGACUGUUUGA